AUGGCUUCUUCGCGAAAACUACAACAGGUUACUUACGAGCAACGUUUAGAAAUCGUUCAGAAAUUGAAAGAAGGUGCCACUCUCGAUCAGCUCGCUGCCGAGUAUGGUCUCCACAAGAGAACCAUACAGCGUUAUCGACAAAAUGCGAUAUCGAUUCGCCAAUUGUCCAAGAGUUCGAAUGUUCUGCAUUCGAAAAGAAUAAGGCCACCUGUGUACGGAGACGUCGACACUCUGUUGUACACCUGGCUUUCGGAGAGAAGAGCCUUGGGAGACAUGUUGACCGAUAAGCUUUUGAUGGAGAAGGCAAUGGAGCUGUACGAAGAAGUUGGCGGGCCAUUAGACUUUAAGGCGAGCAGUGGUUGGCUGAAGAUCUUCAAAAAGAGGCAUAACAUACGUCUUGUUGAUAUGCAAGGGGAGAAUGCAGAUACGAAUCUAUUAGCUGCUGAGAAAUUUCAGGAUGAAUUGAGGAAUAUGUUGAUUAAUAAAGAUAUAGACGAAGAAGAUGUCUAUACUAUCCAUGGAACGAGUCUAUUGUGGAAAGCCCUUCCGGGAAGAACAUUGGUACACGAAGGAGAAGAAGUAAAAGAAGGAAAGAUACGAAAAGAUAGAGUCACAGUGGCAUUCUGUGCCAAUGCUACAGGUACGCACAAGUUGCCGGUCCUUUUUAUACAUAAGAAUGCGAAUCCCAGAGCUUUGAAACACUGCAAGCAUAAUUUACCAGUGGUAUACAAGUACCAAAAGAAUGCCUGGAUCAAUGAUGAUCUUUUAAAUGAUUGGUACAUCCAUCACUUCAAGCCCUACGUGAGACAGCGCCAACUGCAGCAAAAUCGUGCAGGGAAAGUAUUACUUUUGUUAAACAAUUGCACAGGGCAUAUAAUUUCAGAAGUAGCACAGGAAGAUUAUCAAUUCAAACAAUUAUUUCUGCCACCUAAUACGGUAGCCUUAAUUGAAUCGACGAACCAAGGUAUACUCUCAAAAUGCAAGAAGUUAUUCCGGCAUAAAUUACUCUGUCAAGUACUGCGACACGGUAACGAAGUUAAACAGUUUUACGUUGACUAUGACAUAAAAGAUUGUAUAGAUUUGAUUGCCGAAGCAUGGGAUGCGAUAACAGCAACGAGUAUUAGGCAUUCAUGGAACAAAAUUAUGCGUCGACCCUUCUCAGAUAACACCUUUCAAGGACAGGAUUCGAAAGCCUGGAUGUCAGAAGAUUUCCAGCAAUUCGGGGAAUUAAUUCACGUGAACGAUAUAAUGGAAUGGAUCUCCGAAUGUGAGAGCGAAGAGGAAAGAAUGGAAGAUGAAAAUUCUGAUAUGGAAUACAAUGUUGCAGAAGAAGAAACCGAUUAUCUAUUCAGCGAAUUGACAACGUGGGCGAAAGCUCAGCCUGAGUUCAUAAAAUUACACGCAAACGUUUUAAUAGAUUAUCACAACCAACAAUAAUACGUAUCUGUACAUAAUUAUAAUUGAAGAAUUGAGUAUAUAGUUCUCUAGUAUCGAGUAUAUAGUCUCUAGACGCUUAUAAGUGGUUACUUUUUGUUGUAAUUUUACUUUCAAUGUAACGUAUUGCAGAGAUAUGUAAA